AUGCAUAUUCUUCGACAAUUCUUCGACAUUUGGUUAUUAUUUAUCUCGAUUGAUAAUAUCAAUGCUGAAUCACGAUUAUCAUCUAAACGAGUAACAGCUGAAUAUGGUUCUGAUUUAUCCCUGUCAUGUACAUUUCAAACUAGAGAUAGUGAUGAAAAUAUUAUUCAAUGGCUCUAUCAAAAUGUUACUGAUAAUAUUCAUCGAAAAAAUCGAAUUCAUUGGAGACCAUUAUUUCUCAAUGCUCAAUCAUUAACACCAAAAGAAACACGUUAUAGUAUUCAACAAAAAAUACAACAAAUUAAUCAAACAUUAGUUACUUAUUCAACAAUAUUAACAUUAUCGAAAGUUACUGAUGCUGAUGAAGGUCUUUAUAUGUGUAAAUCAUUUUCAUUUGAACGAAUGGAAAUGACAUAUCAAGUUAGAGUAAUACAAAGUCUUGAUAUAACACCAAAACAAUUAUUAAUUCCAGCUGAUGAAAUAGGUCAAUAUUCAAUACGAUUAAAUUGUAUAUUAAGAGAUAAUCAUACGAAUCGACGUCAUCAUGAAAUUUAUUGGUGGCAUAAUAAUAAACGACUUGGUUCACAAACAAAUCGAUAUGCACGUAUAAUAAAAAAUUUUACUCAACAUUCAUUUAUUUCAACAUUAUUUUAUACGGGUGAACCAGUUAAUGUUGCAGGAAAAUAUAUAUGUGAAACUGAACCAUUAAGAAGAUAUAUUUCAGUUGAAUUAAAAACAACUAAUUCAUCAGGUUAA